AUGGGAGGAAAAAGAAGGUCACGAAGUCCAAGAAGUGGACGUCGACGCGGGCGCUCGCGGGGUCGUGAAAAGGAGCGCUCACGAACACCUGUACGUUUGCCAGAGGUGGACCGCUUCAUCGAAGAAAACAACAUAAAUUCCGAAGCUACCUUGAAGAUUCGCACCCUGAGUCCAGAGAGCCAACGUAAGGUCAUUGCACGUCCACUAACUGGGGAUGUGCAGAACCCGUCGAAGGUUAUGAUUGCCCGGGUAAGAGAAUUGCAGAACCAGAACGAGAAGUCGAAGACAAGUGGCGGGCAUUGGGAUGUGGUGCAGCAUCGUAUGGAAACAUCGUAUAUGUCGUAG